AAGUUGGUUUUAAUUGGUUGCCCACAGGAUUGGCUUGGCUUCUGCUACUUGUUAAGAAAAAAAACAUCUGUCUUUGCAGGUGUGUGUUGUUUCAGCGCAGCAUGGCUGUGGUCAUCCGCUUGCAAGGUCUCCCGAUUGUGGCGGGGACCAUGGACAUUCGCCACUUCUUCUCUGGAUUGACCAUUCCCGAUGGGGGCGUGCAUAUUGUAGGGGGUGAACUGGGUGAGGCUUUCAUCGUUUUUGCCACUGAUGAAGAUGCAAGGCUUGGUAUGAUGCGCACAGGUGGUACAAUUAAAGGGUCGAAAGUAACGCUGUUGCUGAGCAGUAAAACCGAAAUGCAGAACAUGAUAGAACUCAGUCGUAGGCGUUUCGAAACCGCCAAUCUAGAUAUGCCGCCAGCAAACGCUAGCAGGUCGGGACCACCACCUAGUUCUGGAAUGAGUGGAAGGGUUAACUUGCCUACUACUGUACCUAACUUUAAUAAUCCUUCUCCUAGUGUAGUAACCGCUUCUACUACGGUGCAUGAGAGCAAUAAAAACAUAUCCACGUUCUCUACUGCCAGUAUGGGGACUGCACCUCCAAAUCUCGGGAGUACCUUUGGUAGUCCGACAUUUAGCUCAACUAUACCUAGUACGGCGUCCCCGAUGAACACAGUACCUCCUCCCCCCAUCCCUCCCAUCCCAGCUAUGCCAUCUUUGCCACCAAUGCCUUCCAUUCCCCCCAUUCCUGUCCCACCUCCCGUACCCACACUGCCUCCUGUUCCUCCCGUUCCUCCCAUACCCCCUGUGCCCCCUGUACCCCCAAUGACGCCUCUCACUGGAAUGAAUGGGUCUGGAGCAGCAGUCAAUAUGAACAGCGGCUUGAAUCCAUUGUUUAUUGGUCCCAUGAAUCCUGUAAAUCCUAUCCAGAUGAAUUCUCAAGGUAGUGUCAAGCCAAUUCCAAUCAAUCCAGAUGAUUUGUAUGUCAGCGUUCAUGGGAUGCCCUUUUCUGCAACUGAAUCUGAUGUGAAAGACUUUUUCCUUGGGCUCCGUGUGGAUGCAGUCCAUAUGCUGAAGGAUCAUGUAGGUCGAAAUAAUGGAAAUGGACUAGUUAAGUUUUUUUCUCCUCAAGAUACAUUUGAAGCAUUGAAGCGAAACAGAAUGCUGAUGAUUCAGCGCUAUGUUGAAGUUAGUCCUGCUACAGAGAGACAGUGGGUGGCUGCUGGAGGCCACAUAACUUUCAAGCAAACCAUGGGUCCCUCUGGGCAGGCACAUCCUCCUCCUCCUCAGGCUCAUCCUAGGUCCAAAUCUCCUGGUGGACAGAAAAGGUCGCGGUCGAGGUCUCCCCAUGAGCACGGGUUCUGUGUCUAUUUGAAAGGGCUUCCCUUUGAGUCAGAGAACAAACAUGUGAUAGAUUUUUUUAAGAAGCUGGAUAUAGUUGAAGACAGCAUUUAUAUAGCCUAUGGACCUAACGGGAAGGCAAUUGGCGAGGGUUUUGUGGAGUUCAGGAAUGAAGCCGACUACAAAGCGGCUUUGUGCCACCAUAAGCAGUACAUAGGAAACCGCUUCAUUCAGGUCCAUCCGAUUACCAAGAAGGCAAUGUUAGAAAAGAUAGAUCUGAUCCGUAAAAGGUUGCAAAACUUCAGCUAUGACCAGAGAGAAAUGCUGAUGAAUGCUGAGGGGGAGCCAGGCUUGCCAAAAGUGUGUGCACAUAUAUCUAAUAUCCCAUACAACAUAACAAAGAUGGAGAUCCUGCAGUUUCUGGAGGGACUGGCGGUAGAAGAAGGUUCGGUCCAAAUCCUCGUUGAUACUAACGGGCAGGGCCUAGGACAAGCACUGGUGCAGUUCAAAGCGGAGGACGAUGCUCGUAAGGCAGAACGUUUGCACCGUAAAAAGCUGAACGGAAGAGAUGUUAAUUUGCGUUUGAUAACUGUAGAAGAAAUGAGAGAUAUUGAGAGAAACCCACCAGCCCAGGGGAAAAAGAUCCUGAAAAUCCCCAUCCAAGGCAGCGCGGCUGUGCCAGGAGCGCAGGGCCCCGGGGGGGACGAGCAUGCCUUCCUGGGGGGGAAUGCUAAGGAAGCUAACAAUGGUCCUCCGUUCAAUUUCCCCGGUAACUUCAGCGGCUCUGGCACGUUUGGUCCCCCCCUGCCACCCCCUGGGAUUGGUGCCUUUCCCGACUCUAGACCCGGAAUCCCUGCGGUCGCAGCGGGUGGUUUGCCCGGCGCCGGGAUCGAGGUGCCAGGGUUUGCAGGUGGUCCUGCUAAUCUGGGGGGACCGGCAGGUUUUGCGGGGGGUCCUCAGGCGUUUGGCAAUGGUCCUGGCAAUCUGAGUGGGCCCCCUGCCUUUGGUGCUGGUCCUCCAGGAAUUGCUAGUGGUCUUGGACAUUUAAGUGGACCUCCAGGGUUUGGACCUGGACCAGGAAAUAUCCAUAUUAGCGGCCCCCCAGGUUUUGGAACGGGGUCUGGGAAGCCGGGGCCAACUGUCAUUAAAGUGCAAAAUAUGCCCUUUACUGUUUCGGUGGAUGAAAUUUUGGAUUUCUUUUACGGUUACCAAGUGAUCCCUGGUUCAGUGUGCUUAAAAUACAAUGAGAAAGGCAUGCCCACUGGAGAAGCAAUGGUUGCAUUUGAGUCUCGGGAUGAAGCUAUGGCAGCUGUUGUUGAUUUAAAUGACAGGCCUAUAGGCUCCAGGAAAGUAAAACUUGUUCUAGGGUAGCUGUUAACCUGAAGUAGUUGUAGAAUAGAUAUUCAUAGUGCUGUGAUAAAUGCAUCUGGAUUGGUUUUUAUAGUAUUUCCAGGGUAGAACCUGUGGAUUGUUUCAAUUGUAAAGCAGAUUGGUUUUGCUAAGCUGGAGCACUGGGUUAGCCGUGCUGUGGGAAGCGCUGCGAGGAGAGCUGUGCAGUGCAUUUCACCGUGCAGAUAUGUGGAGGAGCUGGACAGAUUCUUAUCCAUCCUAAAGUCGGGUAAACUCUGCUGGACACAGUGCUUAUCGAGGAACCAAGGGUGGCUUGGCAUAGUUCUGGAUAAGGGAAGUAGAUGAAGUCAGUGAAGCUCUUCAGUGGGUGCUCUUGUAAGCCUUUGUAAAAUAGGUAGCUAUUUCUAGAUUUGGUUAAAAGCUGGCUGAAUUUGCUUUGUUUACAGGUCAAAGCUUUGUUUCAAGUCCUGAUUUUACUUUGCAACUGAAUGAAUUCUCAGUGUACACAGAUUGUUUUGUGUAUGUAUCUUUAUUUUUUCUAAGAUUCUCACUGUAUGAACAGUUGAAUUAUGCCCUUUGCUGAUGUGUCUACCAAACUAAUUCCUAUGAGUAUGAGCAGAAUCGUUCUGUAAAAUUCAAGCUGUUCUUUGUGGAAUAACCUUUAGUUAUUUAUAUAUUGCAAUUAUAACUGUGCAGAAUAAGACUUUUGCCACGAGUAUAGCUAACCUCAAACAUAAUGAGUUUUAUAGUACACUUAAAACAUUUGCAGUAGAAGUAACAACUUGAAAACGAUAAUUAUUGUUUAAGUAGCUUGAUUUGUUAGGAUUACACCAAUCAGUUGGGAUAGGAUCUUUGACACUAGUUGGAUAUUGAUGUUGUAUUUCUUACAUGUCUCUUGAGCUCCUUACAUAGUCUCUGCUAAGAGAACCAAAGUGGUGAUUAUUAGUAGAAGAUUGGAGUCCAGAUCAAGUUUUGAAUUAGGUUAUAAAUGAAAGAAACUUUUUUCUUCAGCAACUGUUAUGAAUAACUGCUAUGGGUGAAUUCAGAGAUGAAAUUUAUUUUUCUCCAAAAGAUGAAAAUACUGAGUUUACUAUAUAUUUUUGCAAUAAAGUUGAGCUGUUGUAUUCCAAGUUUGUAAAGAGUUGCCAUUUUCUUUGUUGUGCAGUAAAAUCUUCCUUGGAAAAAACAGAAAUGGAAAGGAAGUAGAUUUUUUUUGGUUCUUCCUUACUUGGUUUAUGAUAAAUUUUAAGACUUGGGCAUUGCCUGAAAAAAAAAAAUCCUGCAAUUCCCUGCAAAUCAUUGUACUUAAACAUAGCAAACUUCAAAAUGUUUGGGUUUCGUUUGACAAAGAAAAUCAGUGCCUUUUGGUGUUGCAUAUCAUGGAACACUGAAGUGUAUGGGCAGGCAAAAUUGAGAGGUGCAAGUGGCAACAGUUUUAUUCCUGUGGUGUGUAGGAGAGACUUGCAAACCUGUGCAGCGCUGCAUCCCGAGAGGAGUUCCCAGUACAGGAGUCUGGAAGGAUUGUACAAAGGUGUACUUCAAUAAAGAGGUGGUCGCAUUACACAGAUGCUUCUGUAAUUCAUUAGAGUCGUUUUUUUCUGACAGGUUACUAGGUGGUCCCAACUUUGGAAAAGUCAUGUGAUUUGUAUAUACUGUUUAAAAUUAAGCCUCCUGUUAAUAAAACUGUCUGUCUCUGAAGCUUCAUGUUAUGCGUUUCAACAGUCUUCGGGAGUAAUGUUUCAACAGCAGAUCUUUGUUUCUUUUUUUGUUGGGUUUUUUUUUUGCCUGAAAGUCUGAAAGUACUCUUGCUGAUGUCAGAAAGAUGUGUGAUUAGGAGUCAAGUCUUUCAGUUUAUUUUUAAAACUUUGCUCUUUGUUUUUUAAACAACUUUUAUUAAAGUUUCAUACUCUAUUGCAGUUAUUUGGGUGCUUGUUUCUUCAUGCUUCGUAUUAGAAUAAAAUUGCUGAAAAGGAAAA